AUGCCUGCUCGACACAUCUAUGCGCUCAUUGCGCCGGCUUGGGGCCAUGCACUGCCUUACAUCCAUCUCACGGGUCGAAUGUUGGCUUCAGAUCCAGAGUUGGUUGUGACGAUUGUGCAGCACAACAACCUCAUCCCCCAGAUGUUGAAGGAGCUCGAGACGUGUUCUUAUGAUACGAGCAGGCUGCAGAUCGAGGGCGUAGGAGACAAAGCCAUCAAAUUCUCGCCAGUCGUGGUGGGAAACAUGCUCCAUCAGCUCACAGCUGGAUGGCUUGAGCUCCUCGCAAAGGCUGUCUCCGGAGAAUCAACCUGGCCCAAGCCUAAAACGCUGCAUAUGGACUUCUUUGGAGGGGGCUUUGUUGUGAAGGAGUCGAAAACGUUGUUGGGACCAGACGGGAAACUGCUGAUGUGGUGUUCCACCGGGAUCACGACUUGCGUUGACUAUUUCAGCGAAUACGAUUUCGCUGGAAUUGCCAGGAAGAUUUACGACGACGACAGCAAACGAGCAGGGAGGACGAUGGAGGAGAUCCUCGGUGAUGUCGUGUGUGCCCUAAAUGGAAGCGACAGACUCGACGGUCGCAUUCUCGAGAUCGCCGGUGCAGUGAAGAUCUAUGAUCAUGAGCAUAUCGCACAGGGCGCGGGAUCACCGCGAGAACUCGCCCCCGUUUUGAUAGCCACGCAAGAGCUUGCUCGGUUGGCCGACGGGUUCUUUUCCCCGACUAGCGUAGCUUUGGAACCGCUGACAGCUGCUUUCUGUCGCAACUACUUCGAGCAGCGUGGGCAAGAGGUAUUCCUCGUCGGCCCUCAGAUGCACGAUGAUGAAUGGGAGGCCCCGUCAGCCGGUCCGGGUCCCAGCGAUGAGAGGGUGAAGACCUUUUUGGAUGAUGCGCGGAGGAAAUUCGGGCCGAAGUCCGUGUUGUACAUCUCGUUCGGGUCGAUGUACUUCCCCGUGGAAACGCCCCAUCUUGUCGAGGUGAUGAUCGACGUGCUGCUUCGUCUCGAAAGUCCAAUCCCCUUUAUUUUUGUCUUGGCUGGCGCGAUGGCUGCCUUGCCGGAGGAGACCAUCGAUCGUAUUCGCACCAGCGGCAGAGGACUCGUCUGUGCGCACUGGGUCGACCAGAAAGCCAUUCUAAAGAGUGGCACAAUCGGCUGGUUCUUGACUCAUGGCGGUUACAAUUCGUUGACCGAGGCGUUGAGUCAAGCCAUCCCGCUCCUCUUCUGGCCGAUCGGCGCAGAGCAAGCUGUCAAUGCGGCAAUCCUAUCCACAGGUCCACGUCCCAUCGGAAUCGAGCUCUUCCAGAUUCGAGCCGGUACCCAACUCGGGCCUUCCCUGCGCCCCGAAGCACCCGAGAUCACCGGAACAGCUGAAGACGCAAAGUCUGAGUUUGAAAGCGUGUUCAGCGAUCUUAGAGGAUCGAGGGGUGCAACCUUGACACAGAAUGCUGUCCACGUCGGGGAUCUGUGGCGGGAACAGAGGGUCAACGAGGAGUCUGCGCAAGAAAUUGCUAGGCUUGCAUUAUUUUAAAUCAGACGAUUGUUUUUUCUCUGUUAGAAAGAGACAAACGUUGCUCUCAGUUGGGGUUUGGACCAAAACCCACUUCAAGCAAUUUUGUUUCUUUGGGCAAGUUUUCAUUUCUCGAUAACACUUCAUGAUGUUCAAGUAUCCAAAAUGGAAUAAACUUUCUUG